AUGUCUGAGUUAGAGUUUUCCUCUUCUGAUGAUCCUAGUUUAAAUGGCGGUUCCGGUAAUAACUCUGAGGAUGAGAAAUCAGUUUCAAGUGCCGAAAAUAAAUCAUCUAAUUCGGAAUUCACAUAUAACAGCCGAGAAGGAAUAACUAAAGUUAUAAAACCUGUACCGUCCAUUGAUGACCAUUAUCGUAAAAUAUUUGGAAACGAGUUGACGGUGAAGUUUAAUGCCACGAUUCCGGCUGAAAGUUUUGGUAUCCUUGAGGGACCAUCGCAGUUCCUGAGGAUGCCACACUUUAUACCCGUGGAAUCUAAGGCUUACAAUGCCCUAUCCUUGGAGAAUCUCAUAACUCCAGAAGAUCUAAAGGAUGAACAGUCUCGGAAUGAUUUUAUAAGUCGUCUUAAGACAACCGUACGUUGGCGAGAGGGCCCGAAUAAAGGGAUGGAGUCGAAUUCAAGGAUUGUUCGCUGGUCCGACGGCAGCGAGACCUUCCAUGUGGGCGGCGAGGUUUUCGACGUGAUGCAUCAUCCGGUAACCGAUGACCAUAACCAUUUAUAUGUCCGUCUGGACAGUUUGUACCAAUCGCAUGGUACUAUCAAGGACAAGAUGACACUGCGUCCAAAAUUGGACUCGAACUUUGGCCAAAGACAUGUUCAGGGAUUGCGUAAUCGAGCCAUGAAUAAACCACAAACGGGCUGCGUUAAGGUACUAAUGGACAUGGGUGCUAAUCCUGUGCAGGAUCGUGAGCGGCGUGCAAAGGAGGAAAUGGCCAACCUACGCAAGGAAGAGCGUGAAAAGCGUCGCGAAUUCCAGUUGAAUCGCCGGAAGCCACGUGUCCAGCCCAUCUAUCACUGCACCGCUGAUGAUACGGAUGUCGAGCCACCUCGUAGCGAUACGGAGUCUGUAGUCAUGCCAAAUAACACUCAAGGCAUAACCCCCCAAAACCAACAGCUAGGCGAUGAGAAGGUUGAUAAUGGUGGAGAUAUAGGCGAAUCGAACGAAGAGGAUGAUAGUAUCGAUAUGUCCGAGGAUGAUGAUGAUUUGUUAGACGAACCUAGUUGCAGCAACUCUAAGAUCAAAAAGGUUAACGGAUCAGAUUCUGAUGAAAGUAUCCAGAUCAGCAACAUCUACCGCAAGCCCAAGCAGUUGAUCUAUUCCGAUUCAGACUAAAUUCUAAAAAUAAACGCUGGAGAGCGCUGGAGACUAAUAAACAUAAUGCAUUACCCCAACAACAAUAAAGAGUACAAGCUCUAGCUGAUAAUUAA